AUGCCGCAGAAGUUGCGCGUUGCCGCAUCCAGUGAUGGUGUGCUGCCUGAAGACAUGCUGCUUCAAAUCCUUGUGCGCCUCCCGGCAAAGACGGUAUGCCUCUUCCGAGCGGUCUGCCGAUCCUGGAGGUCCCUCCUCUCAGAUCUGCUCUUUGUUGCAGCGCACAAGUCCCACCACUCUGGGCCACUAAUCGCCACAUGUAGUAGAUUGUAUGGAAGCGGCACCAUUGACAUUCUGGACUUGUCUGGCUCUGUUGUUAAACGGAUAGCCACCAGCAUGGCUGCUCCCAGGUUGGUGCGCACAUGCCGCUUGGACCUUAUAUGUGUCACCGGAAGUAACCACUUUGCGGCCUGCCAUGUGAUCAACCCUGCCACAGGGGAUACGUUUGCAUUGCCCAUUCACCGUGCAAAGGAGCAUGCACAUGUGGAACAUUUCUUCCCAGUAUCAUUUGACUUUGGACAGGUUGGCUCCACGGGAGAGUACAAGGCUAUACGCUGUGUCAGUAUCGACAAUUCCGAUAGCGAGUCGAGCCCGAUGGUCUGUGAGGUCAUCACCCUUGAUGAUGGUCGCCACGCAAGAUGGAGGGGCAAACAGGGCCCUCCGGCCCCUAUCGCAAGUAAGCGUGACAAAAGUGUCACUGUCAAAGGAGUUGUCUACUUCUUGCUGGAAUUUUGA